AGGAAGGAGGCGGCGGGAGCGCGCGCGGGGCUGCGGCGGGGCCACGUGCGCCCGGUGCCGUGAGUGGAGCGGCGCCGCCUCCCCUCCGCUCCCGCCGGGCCGCCCGCCCGCCAUGCCCUGACCCCCGCGCCAUGGGACCGGACUUGGGCUGGGCCGCGCUGGUGCUGCUCUUCGCAGCCUCGCUGCUCACAGUGGCGGCCUGGCUGCUGCAGUACUGGCGGUCCGCGGCCCUGCGGGCGCCGCGGCGGCGCGGGGCGGCGGCGGAGGAGGCCGGGGCCCGGGCGCUGCUCGCCGCGCUGCUCGCCCUUCGGUCCCUGCGGGAGCAGUGGCAGCGGGCCUGGGUGCGAGCCCUCAACAGCCAGGCGCGCCGGCACGGGAGUUCAGUGCAGAUCACGUUUGAAGAGGGUCCUCAGUUGCCACCAACCGCAAAUAUAAAUUGUGUGACGUGCAAGGGCCAGUCGGACCACGGCAUGGUGCUGUGCUGCCAUCUGUCAACUGAAGCUGUGAAAUUCCCUGUCUCUGUUACUCAGCAGUCCCCAGUUGCUGUUUCUGUGGACACCUAUCAUGUCACUUUGGCUGUAAUGCAGGCUCAGGUGGAGAUCCACUUGGAGGAGAUAGAGAAUGAGGGUCUCCUGGUGUCAUGGACAUUCAAGGACAGACCAGACUUGGACCUUUUGGUUCUUCCAAGAGUUCAGCUUCCUGAGAAGGAUGAAGGGAGAGCGGAUCUGUCCACGAUAAGGGAUCUGAUCGAGGAUACCAUUGUCAGCACGCAGCCAGCCAUGACAGUGAACCUGGUGGCUUGCACCGCUGGAGCCAGUGCGGUACCCAGCAAUAAGUUGAUUCGAGAGUCCCCGUCCGGAGUAGCAGCAGCCCCUCUGGGUUCUAAGCUGUUGCUCCGGAAUCUUCGAGUGCUGAACUUGGGCUGCCAGGGGAAGGGAGGAGUUGGGGAGAUAUGCUGUGUAGCGGAGCUAGACAGCCCCCCGCAGCAGAAGUGGACAAGGCCGAUGACAGCUGGCAGUGCCAGUGCUGCAGGAGAGAUGGAGUGGAAUGAGGAGCUCUUUCUGGAGUUGGGGCCUAAAAGCAAAGAGCUGAAGCUACAGGUGCUGGGGAAUAGCGACAGAAUGGGAAAUGUGCUGCUGGCACAUGCCACACUUUUGAUUGAUUCUUUGGGCAAACAACCAUCUGGAAGACACGUCUGCUCACUGGUCCCAGGGCCUGGGCAGUCACUGACAGCUGAAGCUACCAUUACAUUGGAGCUGCUAUUCCAGGAGUCUCCUGCAUCUUUGAAUGCUCAGCACACCACAUCUCUGAGAACCAGCAUCACCCCCACUAAGAAGGUGGAGAUGGACCGGACCAUCAUGCCCGAUGGCACCAUCGUGACUACUGUCACCACGAUUCAGUCCCGGCCCAAGGCAGACUGCAAACUGGAUUCACCAUCGAGGUCACCUUCUAAGGUGGAAGUGACUGAAAAGAAGACAACAGUGCUUUUGGAGACUGGCUGUCCUCAUGGCCCCUUGCCCAGCAGUAGCCGGGAUGGCCAUAUGCCCAAUGGUUUGGAUCCAGUGGCUGAGACGGCGAUCAGGCAGCUAACUGAGACAAAUAACAGGACCACCAAGAAGACACCAACAAAACGUAGCACACUGAUCAUCUCAGGAGUUUCCAAGGUACCUAUUGCUCAAGAUGAAAUGGCACUUUCUCUGGGUUAUGCUGCAUCCCUGGAGGCCACAGCGUUUGGGGACUCUGCAGCAGAGAGCACAGCUGACCAGAUGCACGAUUCUACUGAAUCGUCACAGCCGCUGGAAGCGUCACUGCUCAGACAACGGGCCAGUCAGGAGCUGGAUGAGACAACACGUUCAGACAUCUCUGAAAGACCAUCAGUGGAAGAUGUUGAGUCUGAAACUGGCUCCACGGGAGCCCUUGAGACCAGGAGCUUGAAAGAUCACAAAGUUAGCUUUCUUCGGAGUGGUACCAAGCUCAUCUUCCGGAGAAGGAGCAAGCAGAAGGAAGCGGGCCUGAGCCAGUCACACGAUGACUUGUCUAACGUCACUGCCAACUCUGUUGCCAGGAAGAAAGCUGGUAGCUUCUCUCAUCGCCUCAUCAAGCGCUUCUCCUUCAAGUCUAAAUCCAAACCCAAAGGCAGUGACAGCACAUCAGCUGGUGAGAACUGAAGGAGGGAGAAGCCUAUUGGAAAGAUUUCUCAGAGAUCGUUUUAUAGUCUCUUGUCUUCCCACUCCAUGGUAUCUGUGACCUGCAGUCCAGUUCUUUCCAGCCUUGGCUGAGGGAAGGCACCCCAGUGCUUUACACCAUCUGGGGAGUGGAGGUAGCAAACCUGGGACUUAGGCUGCUCGUCUGCCUUGGCUUAGCCUUCUCUGAUUAUUGUACCCCACUGUGCUCUCCCAGAAAAUCCAGGUGUCAUGCUAAUCCCCCUGGGGGUCCCAGGAGCUGCAGAUGUGACUCCACCUGUGUAGCCAUCUGGCAUCAUGAGCUGCCUCUUGGAAAUGGGAGGCAGGUCUCUCAAGUGGCAGCCUUCAGUGUUACAGAUCAAGAAACUACUGGGUGAGCUACAUGGCUGAGAAGUGUGAGAUGUAGCCUCGCUCAGCUCUUUUAACGAGAGAGAAUGAUGCGGUCACUGAUGAUCUAAAUGCUCUUAUUGCUUGUCCUUGGUGCAGAGGCUGUAACCUGAGGUGUGCUCGGGGCCAUGCAUUCCUGGGCUGUGAUCUGGCAGCGGAACAAGCUGUGGUUCUCCACCUGGGAACCAUCCUUGGAACAGUCCCUGGUUCGGACAGCACUGAGGGACCCCUGCUUUCUGUGCUAUGCUGGUGAAGGAAGGAGUCUCUAAGAAGAAGAAAGUUUUAACCACUGCACAAGUUCUUGUAGAAGCCUGGGCCCUUGCAAGAAUGCCUGGUCAGUGCUGUCAGUUCUGCCAUCCUGUGCAUUCACCCUGUGGUGCAGCCCUCCUUCCACAGCCACGUUCUUGAACAGCGAAGGGGCCGUGCUGCAUGUACGGCACCAGCUGUCCUAUGAGCAGAUCCCUUACCCUCGGGAGUGGUUGGGGAUGUUGCCAAAGAGGUGCCAACCUGUCUUCUGGAUCUGUGGAGGGCCCGGCCUCGUGCACUCUCGUGGUUCUCGUGCCAAGGACUGGCACCAUGCUGGGAAUGGAUGGCAAGGAAUAUGGCAAGAAAUGUGGUGAAAGGGCAGUCUGAUGGGGAACCUAAAGGCACGUGGUAGAAAGAGACAAGACUUUACAUGUUUUCACUGAUGAAAGGGUUUCCUGUAAUAGAAGGAACCUUUCUUGAUUGCGUUUGGUAUUUCCUUUCUUCUAGCAAACCCAAUCCACUGCUUUCAAACAGAGGGGGCAUUUCUGCAGUGGUAUUUGCAGAGGGAGGGGCAUGCAGGGGAAAAUCGACUCCUUGUGUGGGAGGAGACCGCCCUUCUAGAUGAAUGGUUGCCUGGUCUCCUGACCGGUGCACAUUGUGAAUAUAAUGUCCCCAGAGGCUCCCUUUGAAGAGCGUAACAAUGCUCUUUGGAGAAACACCCAUGCCCCUGCCAGCAUGCCUAGUUUGAGUGGAAGCUCCUCUUCUCCUGUGGGUUGUAAGGUUAAGGAAGUGGAACAGAGGGGAGGAAACAACUCACGGAAGAUCUGUUGCCUAGGCCUGGCUGGAUUCGCCAGCUUUGCUCCCCUGUCUCAGUACCUCCUGAGGUAAUGGCUAUUGCCCUGCCCAGUGCAGGAUGCUACCAACUGGAAAAGUAGUUCUCUUGAUGGCAUGCAUAAAAUGUGUUGUGUUCUUUGGAAGGACAAAUCCUUACUCAUACUGCUGCCGUGUGCCAUUUCCAAAGACUGGAACGUCUCUGGAUAUUGUGCUGUGAAAGGAUUUACAGGUGAGAGCCUCAGGGUGUCUCUUGGGUGUUUGUGCAGGUAGGGAAGGCCAUAGUCACCUGGGGCUUGAAUUGAAAGUGCCAGUGUGUACCAGCAGGAGGAGGGACUCCUUGUUUUUCCUGCUGAUUCCCCAUGUGAUUGGGCACGUGUGAAAAAUAAGAUUGGUCCAACUGGCUGACCAGGAACCUCUUCAUUUGGUUUGGUGCCGGAGUCUUUGUCAUCCUCAAGCUCUGCCAUGUCUUCUAUCCGUUGUUUCUUUCCUUGUCCACGUAGUACUGUGGCUUUGUUUGCAGUUCCAUGCACUAUGGGUGUUGGAGAAGUCUCUGUUUCUCUCUGAAGAUCAUUUUCCUCGAAGCAAGUGACCAGUUCAUGCUCUGGUGCUGGUGGAACCUGGCAAUCUGUGGCUCUCAUGUAUGGAUCCAGCCACCAGUUGGACGUGGCCUUCCUUUGCUGGGUUGGUGGUGUCACACAUGGUGCUGUCCUUCCCCAGCAUGCCCUUUCUCCCCAGAGUCCUGGGGUUUGGUUCCAGUUUGGCAUUCUCUCUUGCACCUUCCCCUCUAUGAGUUGUAGCUGUGAAAGUAUUUGAUGCUUGAUUUUUGGUUUUUAUUUAUUCUUUUUAAUACCAUGUCAGGUGAGAGUGCUGGCUGAACCCAGACAGCAGUGCUUCUCUAGUGGGAUGACUGGGAAGCCUUGCAGUGGAAACACUGGUUUGAGCGGAAGGGAACUUGCAGAAGAGCCAGCAGCUCAUCAGUUGUGGGUUAAUCACAGGACUUGCCACAAGUCUGUUCUUUAAACUUCAAGAGCAGCUCAAGCUGUUGUGGUGAGGAGCAGCUGGAGGUGAACACCGAGGAUGAUUGGGCUUCUGAAUCGGGGAUCUGGGGCUCAUGUACACUAGGAGGGCUAUGAGGACUGGCCAGCGUUGUUGCUGUGGACUGGAGGCAGAAAAGGUGAGAUUUAUGUCUGACAAACAUGUACCCAGAGUCUUGACCAGCAUGUUUUGGUCUGACUCAGAGGAAGAAGUGAUAGGAAAGGGAGUAAAACUGAAACUUGAGUUCCUCACUGACCUUGGGGACCUUUCUAGCUGUGUUAAAUGGGAAUUCCUGCCAUGUGUCUGUGGGCUUUCCUGUAUUUGUUCCUGGCUGGCUCCAGGCUAUGCCUCCUGUUCACAGUGGAGGUACUGGUUUUGAUUUUGAGCUUUGAUGUGGCAAAGAUUCCUGCACUGUGGUCAGCAGAAUGAAUGGCAGAUGGGAAGCAUGAUGGUAGGGGCACAUCUUCCCUUGAAUUUUUAGCAAUUUUUUUAUCACAGGCAGUAAAGUGCACUGUAAAUUUGUAUCUGGUUAGACAGCUUGCAAAAGAAAGGGGUAUUUUCAAGUGCUGACAGAGCACAUCCCCAAACAUUAAGUCCUGCAUCUGCUUGUGUUUCCUAGUGGAGAUGUAUUUUCUGCCAUUUUGUUUCUUAUCAAAGUCAUACUGAUAUAUUGUAACCUUUUAUAUUCUUUUAAACCUUCCUAGUAAGUGCAGAUUGGUUUUCAAGGUGUUUGGCUAAACUGCUGUUUUAGCUACAAAGGAAUGAGGGGGAAAGGGCUCAUCUGUGUGUAUUGGAAGUUUUUUAGUUCUGAUAUGCUCCUGAUUAACACGUUGAUCCUUCCUCAUCA